AGCGGAGGUUCUCAGCUGGUAAGUCAAGCUGAAAAUUUUACAUUCAAGCUCACCAGCUCAUAACUCACAGAAAUAAGUCAUUUGUAGAUGCAUUCAGAAGCUUGACGCAGCAUUUGUUUGAUUUGUAUAUCAUAUCUGUUGAUAAAGUGGUAAUCAUUUCUCCGGCGUUUUUACUUGAACUUCAUUAUUGCAUGCUACUUAGCGCUGUAAUUGAAGAGGUGCACUCUCUAAUGAGCCACAGACAGUCUGCAGCCAGUCUCUGAUGGUUCACAACUGUUCUGAUAUCUCAUUAGCCUCUGAAACGCAUCAUUCAUACCCUGUUCCAGACGGCGCUCUUCUCUGAAGGUCAGUGUAGAGCCAAUACAGAGUAUCAGCAGAGCAGAGGUCAGGAGGAUAUAUUUAUACCCUGAUAGAUGUGAUUCUGGGUCAUUCCCAGAGUGUUUAAAAGAGAAGGCUGGUGGUCUGAUCUUCAGGUUUGCUGACUCACAACUCAUUUAUCUGUUUUUCAAGCAGAACUCACAGACAUUCCCAGAUGAUGGAGUCAGCUGAAGCUGUAACAGCCCAUGUGGACAGCAAGAGAAGUGUGACUAUUGAAAUCACUAAUAUUACCGGCAACUACUGCCUCUUCAACCCCAAGUAAGCCUGACUCUGCUGUAAAACUAUUUGUUCAGGCUUGUUUGUUGCCUUUAACAAGCGCAGAUAACAUGAAUCUCUUCUUGUGCUAUUUAGGGUAUUCCUUGACAAUGGGGAGGUAUACAGCUGUCCUCAGCCAUCAGUGCGCCCCCAAAAGACAGAGGUCUGCACCUUCAGCAAAUCCAGCAGCAAAGCAACUGGGAGUGUUGGUGUACUGACUUAUGACCUCUUCGAGAUGUCGCGGAAUGACUACAUCGAGUCACUGGCCAUCAUGUUCUCUGUCCCCUGGGAUUACAACCUGUACAAGAAUUGGUUUGCAGUGGGCAUCUACAAGAAGGGUCGUGAGUGUGAUGAGGCUCUGUUUAAAGAAAUGUACUAUGAGAAGAAGCAGCAAGAACAUGGCUUUGUCAGGGAAGAAGCUACAGGGUCGAGUAUUAAUUAUGUGGGUAACUACCUAGAUGUCAAAGCCACCAUGGGGCCCCUGGCUAAUGCCACCAUGAAGGUGGAGCUGUGGGAUAAGCUUUUCACACCGGCAGGCCAGCAGCGUUACUAA